AUGACAUUAAAGGAGUUCAUCUCAAAGAAAUGGCGCCACUUUCUUUCUCUCUUCAUACUCUCUGCAGAUUUGAACAUACCCUUCUUUCUUUCUUUCUUUCUUUCUUUCUUUCUUUAUUUAUUUAUUUAUUUCCUUCUAUCUUUCUUUCUUUCUUUCCUUCUUUCAAUGCUAUUCGGCAUUGUUUUCCUUAUUUUUCAACCUUAUCUUCCGGACAACUUUUUUCUUUCUUUCUUGCUUGCUUGCUUUGAUUUGUUCGUUCUUUUUUUCUAUAUUUCUUUUUUUCUUACCCUUUCUUUCUUCUUUUCAUUCUUUUCCUUUCCCUGUCUUUCUUCUUUUCUCUCAUUUUCUUUCUUUCUUUCUUUCUUUCUUUCUUUCUUUCUUUCUUUCUUUCUUGCUUUGAUUUGUUCGUUCUUAUGUUCAUACCUACAUUUCUUUUUUUCUUACCCUUUCUUUCUUCUUUUCAUUCUUUUCCUUUCCCUGUCUUUCUUCCUUUCUCUCAUUUUCUUUCUUUCUUUCUUUCUUUCUUUCUUUCUUUCUUUCUUUCUUAUGUUCAUAAUUAUAUUUAUUUUUCUUACAUUUCUUUCUUCUACUUCUCACUUUGCUCUCUUUCUUUCGUUUUUUCUUUCUUCUCUUCUCUCUCUAUCUCUCUCCAUUCCUUUUUUUUUAUUUCUUUUCUUUCUUUCAUUCUUAUUUCCCUUUCUUUCUUUUUUCUUUCUUUCUUCUUUGCCUCAUUUCUUCCUUGUUUCUUUCUUUUUUCUUUCUUUCUUCGUUGCCUCAUUUCUUCCUUGUUUCUUUCUUUUUUCUUCCUUUCUUCUUUGCCUCAUUUCUUCUUUGUUUCUUUCUUUUUUCUUUCUUUCUUCUUUGCCUCAUUUCUUCCUUGUUUCUUUCUUUUUCUUUCUUUUAUCACGUAAAUCUGUUUUAUUUGGUUUCUGUCCAUAUUCUUUCUUUUUUCUUUCUUUCUUUCUUUAUCUAUCUAUCCCAAUUUCUUCUUUCUUUCUUUCUUUCUUUCUUUCUUUCUUUCUUUCUUUCUUUCUUGCUUUCUUUCUUUCUUGCUUUGAUUUGUUCGUUCUUAUGUUCAUACCUAUAUUUCUUUUUUUUCUUACCCUUUCUUUCUUCUUUUCAUUCUUUUCUUUUCCCUGUUUUUCUUAUUUUCUCUCUCUUUCUUUCAUUUUUCUUUUCUUUCUUUCGUUCUCAUGUUCAUAA